GUAUUAAUUUUGUGAAAGGAAGUUGUGAAGUUGGAACUCUUGAAUUGCUUUUUGAACAACUCUUACUUAAUAGAAAAUAUAGCUAUAGUCUAUAGAAGAAGUUGGCGAACGGUUAACUUCCCUCCAAACAAAAUUGUGAGUCUCUUGUAAUCAAAGCAAAGUUUAGUAGUCGAUUUUCUUGGUCACCCUCUGAGAUUCUAACUUUACCUUCCCUGAUAUACCCUUCAUACCAAUCUUCACCUUCUUCAUCCUUCUAUAUACAUAUCUCUUCUUCUUCUUAUUUCAUCACCAUCUAUAAUUUUGAAUCCUUGGUUUUUCACACAAGUUUGAUUUUUUUGUUUUCAUGUUUUUGAGUUAUUUGCAUAUCUUUCAAUUGGGUUGCUUCCAUUAAAUUUUUGGAGCUGAAUUCAAUCUUUUGCUCAUGUGGCUUAUAUGAUAAGGAGAAAACAACAUGGCUAUUGUCCAAAACAUGCCUCCACCACAAGCUACCUUAUCUCAAUCUCAAUCUCAACCUUCAUUUUUUACUAGAGUGGCCAUGAGAAUAUCUAGAUCAAGAUGUUUCAAUUUUUUAAGAAGAGUGUUUCAUUACCAAAAUGGACCAAGAUCUAAUCUUGGUUCUAAUCCUUUCAAUUCAAACACUUGGAUGAUGUUGGAGUUGAUUGCUUUGUUGGUUCAAAUAACAAGCACAACAUUCACUUUGGUCAUUUCAAAGAGUGAAAAACCUGUUUGGCCUAUGAGGGUGUGGAUAGUAGGUUAUGACAUUGGAUGUGUUCUUAAUCUUUUGUUACUUUGUGGUCGUUAUCAUCAAAUAGAUGUGAAUCAAGGGGAUGAUGCUCUUGGAAUUUCUGAUGUGGAACAACAAACAAACAAUGAAGAAAAUAGUGUAUAUAGGAGCACACAUUUGAUGAGCAAAUGCAGAAGUUCACUAGAACUUUUCUUUGCCAUAUGGUUUGUGAUGGGAAAUGUUUGGUCCUUUGACUCACGUUUUGGAACUUUACAAGAAGCACCAAAACUCCAAGUGCUAUGCAUCAUACUUCUUGUUUGGAAUGCAAUUUGCUACUCUUUGCUUUGUUGUUGUGUUCCCCUCAUUAGCACCCUCCUUGGUUACAACAUGAACAUGGGAUCCUCUUCUAAAGGUGCAUCUGAUGAUCAAAUCUCACAAAUUCCAUCUUGGAGAUAUAAAGUGGCUCAUAACAAAUUAGAUCGAAACGAUGAUUCUCAAUGUAGUGAAAGAUUGAUCAACGAAGAGCCCGAAUGUUGCAUAUGCUUGGCAAAGUACAAAGACAAAGAAGAAGUUACAAUUGCCAUGUUCGCAUAUGUUCCAUCUAAAUUGUGUGGAUCAAUGGCUAAGAAUUAUAUCAUGCUGCCCUCUUUGCAAACAAGGUUUACAGAGGUAGCAAUACCACAAGUCAACACAACAAAAUCAUUAAAUCUUAUAUAAUAUGAUAUAUGCAUAAUAUAUAUAAUAUACUCCCAAAGUUUUUUCCCCACUUUGGUUACAUGAGUGAGUUACAUGUACAAAAGAAGUCACCAGUAACCAAAAUUUUACAUUAAAAAUCCCAAUUACUUUUUCGAAUUAGCUUGUUCCUUGAUCAAAAAAUUUAUUUUCCAGUAAAUUUUAUGUACAAGGUUUUUUUCCUUUCCUUUUUUUGUGAUUUAAAUAUUGUGAGGUAAACAUCAUUGUAUUGAAUAUUGAAGAAAAUAUUUAUAAAAAAUGCUUGUUAUUAUGAAUAA